UAGGCGGUUUGAUAAACGUGAUUGCUUUGUCGUGUCGCUUGUUUCUCAUUUAGACUCCCGAAUUUAGAGCGAAAUCGCUUUUUCGGGCCUUUUCGGAGAGCAGUUAUUCAAACUGAUGUGGUAGACCUGACACCGACGAGCGAGUGGAAACGCAGCAGGUAGUCCUGACAAAUUCUGCGUUGUACUGACGCCGGGACUGACUGAACUGCCGACUCCAGCACUACUACCACGCUUCACGUGUACGCGCUUCCUGUGGGCUGUUUUACAUCGCUCAAAGAACCCCCUUUUACUUCAUAAGCAGUGCAUCCAGCCAACGAUUGAAGCUUGUUAAUUACUUCGAAAAUUCAAGUGAAUUUGAACCGAAAUGGCUUUAGACUUGGAGUGUUCCUUGUUAUCUCGUCGAAGGGUUCGUGGCCGUACGAGUGAACAUGUGAAAAUCGGAAGGACUAAAUCACGAAACCUGUUCGUUCAUUAUGGUCUAUUAGUAAUACUAUAUUCAUGUGUACUUUUAUUUAUGUGGACAGUAACGAGACUUUUAAACAAUGCCUUUCCGAUUUUCAGAAAUCAGAAUGUACCUGAAGUAGACGAAUACACUUCGUAUGGACGACAUUUGUUACGAGUUAGACCAAAUUGUACCCCACGUUCUGUUGAUGAAUUUCCUGCUGAUUUUAUGAGUGACGAACAGAGGAACAAAGGCGGGAUUGUCGUUCAUAUAUUCAUCGCAUGCUAUAUGUUUGUAUCACUUGCAUAUGUAUGUGAAGUUUACUUUGUACCGUCGCUAGAAAUUUUAUGCAAAUUGGUGGGUCUCCAACAUGAUGUUGCCGGGGCAACACUGAUGGCUCUUGGGACAUCAGCACCGGAGUUUGCCACUUCAGUAAUAGGUGUGUUUAUUACUGAUACUGACAUUGGUUUAGGCACUGUGGUUGGCUCCCUGGUAUUUAACCUUUUUAUGAUAAUAGCAUGUUGCUGUUUCUUCGCUGGGAGGGAGGUGCCCUUGCAUUGGUGGCCUCUAUGCAGGGAUUGUAUUGUGUACUUGAUCGGCAUUCUUGGACUGGUUCUUGUCAUGUUUGAUAACAUCUGCAGGUGGUAAGUUGAUCUU